AUGGCGGACGACCCGGACCCCGGGGAUCCCGGGGGCCGGGUGGGGGGCGGCCUUGACAGCGACGUGACGGGAGCCUUCGGGGGUGAAGGGGGGGUAAGCACAGUAGCAGCUGGUGGGUCGCUCCACCUAUUGACCGGUCACAAAAGACGGGGGGGGGCUGAGAGUGCGCUCCAGAGCCCACGCAUUCGUCGCCUCCACCACGAAGACCUUCUGUGCCUCUUUGGCAAACCAGCCAAGAGACAGUGUUGUGAAGCAGGCCGUUCGAUUUCAGUACUGACAUGCGGCCAACCUCUCGAAGACCCUCCCAACACCGGGUCUGACGGCGAUUACCCUGUACCUUCGGCCAUCAUCGGAGAAAGGGGGGGAGCAACAACCGAAAAGGGUCCAGUCGACGAGGCGGCGGUUGUACCACGGGUGGCAUCGGAGGUAGCGAGGGCAGCCUGGGAGGAACACCGUAGGCGUUUGCAACAACAGCAUGACACUCGCAGACGCUGCCUACCUGUGAGGGCAAUGUUGCACGGCGCCGGCUCGGCCGACGACGCAAUCCCCCCGGUCGUGCCACGUCUCGCAUGGCGGCAGGAGCGGAGGCGCCGGAGUGCGGCGGGGAAAGACAGGCAGCAGGAGCCACUAGUGGGGGGUCAGCGUGACCCGCAGGUGGGCGGGCAGCAGGGGGCCCGGGAGAGGAGCCGGCAGCCGCCGAGCGGAGGGCAGCAGGAGCUGCCGAGCGGAGGGCAGCGGCAGCUGCCGAGUGGAGGGCAGCGGCAGCUGCAGAGCGGAGGGCAGCAGGAGCUGCAGAGCGAAGGGCAGCAGGAGCUGCAGAGCGGAGGGCAGCAGCAGCUGCAGAGUGGAGGGCAGCAGCAGCUGCAGAGCGGAGGGCAGCAGCAGCUGCCGAGCGGAGGGCAGCGGGAGCUGCAGAGCGGAGGGCAGCAGCAGCUGCAGAGCGGAGGGCAGCAAGAGCCGGUUUGGGUGUUGGAUGUGGAGAUGGCGGACGAGGCUUGCACCGAUGAGCUGGAAUCAAGCCCCAUGGAGGGGGAGAAUGCCAACCCUGAUUCUCCGGACCAAGCGGAAAGGCCCCGAGCGCGGGGCCGGGGCCGGAGGCGACGGGCAACCAAACUGCAGCAGCUGCAGAGCGGAGGGCAGCAGCAGCUGCCGAGCGGAGAGCAGCAGCAGCUGCAGAGCGGAGGGCAGCAGCAGUUGCCGAGCGGAGGGCAGCUGCAGCUGCAGAGCGGAGGGCAGCAGCAGCUGCCGAGCGGAGGGCAGCAGCAGCUGCAGAGCGGAGGGCACCAGCUGCCGAGCGGAGGGCAGCAGCAGCUGCAGAGCGGAGGGCAGCAGCAGCUGCAGAGCGGAGGGCAGCAGCAGCUGCAGAGCGGAGGGCAGCAGCAGCUGCAGAGCGGAGGGCAGCAGCAGCUGCAGAGCGGAGGGCAGCAGCAGCUGCCGAGCGGAGGGCAGCGGGAGCUGCAGAGCGGAGGGCAGCAGCAGCUGCAGAGCGGAGGGCAGCAGCAGCUGCAGAGCGGAGGGCAGCAGAAGCUGCAGAGCGGAGGGCAGCAGCAGCUGCAGAGCGGAGGGCAGCAGCAGCUGCAGAGCGGAGGGCAGCAGGAGCUGCAGAGCGGAGGGCAACGGCAAUUGCAGAGCGAAGGGCAGCAGCAGUUGCAGAGCGGAGGGCAGCAGCAGCUGCAGUGCGGAGGGAUGGAGCUUGCAAGGCCGUUAGAGGGGGGCAUGGAGACGGAGUCUAGCAGGAGGGUCUUGCCGGCGUGUUCGAGUGGAGAGGAGCACCCAGACCCUACAUUGACACCCCCGCCCCGCAUUCCGUGCGAAACCUGUUAUCGCACGUUCACGGAGAGAGGAAAGGCCACACGCCAUAUGUCGGCCUACAGGGCAGCGGACGCCCAGCGUCGUGCUCAGGCGCUUGGGUUGACCCGCGACGUCACAGAUGACUCGGACGGCGAACCCCCGCCACCACGUGAUAUCAGUGAAGAGGUAUGGGCCGCAGUUCCUACAUGGGACUGGGAGUCGUUUUUUGGGAUCGAAUUGGUGCCAGGGAGAAUCAUGCGUCGUAUCCCACAGCGCGCUAGAUUGGGGGUGCUUGAUGCACUGUCUUGUGUCCUGAAGCGGCUACAGUUAAAGGCAGCAGACGAGGCGGCGUCCUUGGUCUUUUUGGCCUUCCCUCGUCUUAUCUUGGGGAUGCCAACUGGGCAAGGCCAGGGGCAUAGGGCGGCAAUCAGGGAGCGGUUGGAGAAGUUUUGGGUCGGGGAGUGGCGGGAGCUGUUUGAGUUGGCGGUGGCGGUAAUGCAACCUGCGGCGCGUCCUUUGUCCUUCACCCCCCCCCGAGCAUGA